UGACGGACCAUUCUUUCAGCCCAAGUUGUAUGCUUUUGGGAUCCAUGCCUGGAUUCACAGCCAGUGGUGGGCCAAACUGUGUAUUUUGACCCAUCCCUGUUGUGUUCUGGUCCGAUCCCAGCUCCAGAGUCCAAAGCUGCGUCUGGAUUUUGGUGACAAAUACGGAGCUGAUUGAUUAGUCACGAGUCAUGCAAAUCACAAUCAAGAUCGAUUGACGGAACCCCAUGAGAGCUGGAAAGGGUACGAAUGAAAACGGUUUACUGAUGUUUUUCUCCAAUGGUGUUCGUGCAUUUUAAUUGCAGUUUCCAAAUUUUGCUUCUCAAGCAACCUCUCCAUUUGAUAGCUUCAGCACUAGAUGCCUGUUCACAAAUAGUAUCCUUCUUGGGAAAUAAACACUCAAUACUCUUUGAGAAAGAGAUUUUGGCGUGUUGAAUUGGUACUUCUCUGAUCUCUCUACUGUUACAUAUACCAACUCCAAUGGACACAAACGUGGAGAGACAAAGUGAAAGGAAAAAAAUACUCUUAUAAGAAAAAGAUGGAACCCAAUAAUUACCCAUCCCAUACCCUGAUACCCACCAAGUCCUCUUUACGGAAACUCCACCCAUGGUCUUAUUCACUGUUUGUAUUUUCUUCACACUGAUUCACACUAAUUGUUUACUCUAUUCUUGAUCUGCUGAUUGUGUACUAUAUUAUAUAAUCUAACUCUCUUUGUUUUCUUUCACUUGAUACUGUCCCUUGGGUCCUUUUGGUGGCUCAUCAAACGAGGUUUUGAGGUCCUUCCCCUUUCAUUAGAGGUCCUCACUCUUGUUUUCUUUACAGUACUCUUUUUGCCUCCCCACGUUCCUUCGUUAUUGUAGAGAUACACUACAAGGUUCGAAGUAGGUUUCAUUAGUUGAGCUGGCAUUGUAGUAGUAACCUUACUUGGAUCACUUUUCAGGAUUCAGAUUGCAGUUCCUUUUCUGUGCUCUGCAACUAUUUAAUACUGAACACCUUUACCUGCUGAACACAUUGUGUGUUGUUGUCCAUUCCCUUCCAUUAUUUAUCUUCUCAAGAAUCUGCAUUUCAACAAUAUCCUCUCUUUUCUCUCUUUCCUGUGAAAAAAUGGGUAGGACUCAGAAUUGGCUUUGCUGUCACAGAAGUAGACACCUAAUCAUUUCAGUACUAUUACUCUUGGUUUCAAGCUUGACCCAAGUGAGAUUCAUUGCUGCAGGUAGAGGAAUUAGACAGCUAAAAGAGACUGCUCUGGUAAGAGAACACUCUCCAAUGUAUUCUCCCAAGCAUGAAGAAAAGAAGAUUGUGGUGGUUAGGAGUUUGAUUGGUUCAAGCCCACCAAGGUGUGAGAGAAGGUGCAGCAAUUGUGGACAUUGUGAGGCAGUUCAGGUACCUGUAACUACAAAAGUCAAUGGCCAUUAUAGGAGAAGUAGCUUUGUUGCUAGAACUCCCAUAGUUGCUUACUCAAGAGGUGAGGACAUCUCCAACUACAAGCCUAUGAGCUGGAAGUGCAAAUGUGGGGACUUGAUUUUCAAUCCUUGAUUGAAUUAACAUGUGUUGAUGGUAAAUGAGUCAAUAUUUCAGUUGUGGGUAUGUUGACAAUUGUAUAUAUUUGUGUCUCUUUGCCUUUUUGAUUCCCUCCUGCAUAGUGUAUACAUAUGGAGUGCAGAGUGUUCUCUUUUAGUCUGCUCCUAUUACCUCUCCA